AGAAAAGAAGAAGAACAAGGGCCAACUUGAUGGUCACUCGCUACUACGCUUUAUUAAUUCAUUAUUUUCCAAAAUAAUGCACAUAUAUACCCUCUUGCAGCCGCCCUCCGCCCCCACCAACCGUGAAAUGUGAGUGAGCACAAUAACAAAGGCGUGUUGUUGUUGUUGCUGCUGCGCUGGAAUAAUAACAGGCAGAAUUUAAAACGCACAAAGAGGAAAAACGUGGAAAACUAAAACUCACAGACAAGAUGUCGUGGUUUAAUCCGUGGGACGGCCUCAAGACCAAAAUGUGUCGCUACCUGCUGCAGCGAUACUUGGGUCAGUUUUUCGAGAACAACUUGAACCUGGAGCAGCUGAAGGUUGAUCUCUACAACGGCAAGGCGGUGGUCGAGGACAUAUUCCUGAAGGUCAACGCCUUCAACGACCUCUUCGAGGACCAGGGCUGGGCCUUCGAGGUGGUUUCGGGCCACAUUGGCUGCCUCACAGUGGUGGUUCCCUGGAACGCCCUGAUGACCAACGACAGCAGCCUGGAGAUUUCAAACUUGACCAUCACCCUGCGGCCGGUGACCCGCUUCCAGAGCGGCACCACCAUGCUGGAGUCCAUGUGGUCGUCGGUGAGCAGCUCAAUGCAAAUGGCCGAGGAGUGCAUGAAGCAGGUGGACGACGACGUGCCCUUCCUCAACCACAACAACGCGUUGAUUGGCCUGGAGAAGUUCGCCGAGACCAUCGACAAUGUGCUCAACCGCAUUCGGGCCAAGCUGACGAACACCACGCUGAACAUAGAGUACCUGCUGCCGAGGUCGGACAGGAAGCUGGUGCUCUCCUUCCAGGCCAGCCAGGUGGAGUACAAGAACAAGACGGGCUACGAGAUGACCAUGUCCACCUCGCAGGACACCGAGACCGAGACGGACCCCAGCAGCAGCUUCAACGCCCUGCCCAUGAUAGCCAAGCACAACCUGGUGAUCGAGGGCCUCAGCCUGCACACCUCCGAGGUGCUGGACGUGAUGGAUCCCCGCUUCGGGCCCACUCCCUACGAGCAGCUCUGCAAGAUCGUCGAGCUGAAGGGCGCCCAGAACAUCCAGAUCAGCAUCAAGCAGACGGAGAACAUCGCGGGGCCCAAGGUGAGUCUGGAGCUGAGCCUGGACGACAUCUACUUCAUGCUCACGCCCCGCCAAAUCCACCUGCUCGUCGAGCUCUCCAAGGGCUUCAACAGCGGCGGCCAGCAGGAGCGACCCAAGAAGGGCAGGAGCCUCAAGUCGGCGCCGCCCAGUGAGUACCAGAUGCAGGGCCACCAGCAGCCCACCAGGAUGACGGGCAUCCUGGGCCAGAACGCAGACUGGUGCACGGGAAUGUCGGAGCCGGAGCCGUCGGAGUACUCCGGCUACGGGGCCGGGAACGCGCCGAGGAGCGUCUACUCGCGCAGCCGGAAGAUGAGCGAGUCCACCAACAGCAUGCUCACCUCCUGCACGAACACCCUGCAGCAGGAGCUCGGCUACACGGAGAAGUCGGGCGAGAUACUCAAGUUCAAGGUGCAGAUCUCGAAGCUCUACGGCGUGGCCCUCCACCGGGACAUCCUCGUCCAGAACACGGCCAGCAUCGACAGCGGCAGCUCGGUCUUCGACCGGGCGAGCUACCUCCGCUACGCGGACACUGCCAGUGGCUUCUUCGCGGGCACCCUGCUGGAGAACCACAUGCCCCUGCAGCAGCAGCACUACCUCCUGCUGCGCGCAGCCCCCAUCAUCGUCGGCGGAAGCCAGCAGCGCUACUUCCAGGAGCUCACCUCGCGGACCACGCUCUCGGCCACGGCGGUGGACCUCUGCGAGGUGCUGGACAACUCGAUGGAGCACCUGCUGCAGUUCGACCGCCAGCGGAACUGCCCCGACGGCUACCACAUCCGGCCGGAGAUCGUGGUCACACAGAGCUCCUCGUCCAUGUUCAAACAGAACCACAACCGCUGCGCCAACAAGAUCGAGUGCAGCCUGGACGAGUGCACGGCGGAGCUGGACAUCUCCAUAUACGACCGCCUGGGCGCCCUCUUCGGCUGCUCCCCCUUCGCCGGGGACUCCGCGCCCCCGAAUCCCUAUCCCGAGGAUCCCAGCCAGACGGAGUUCAGCGUCAAGUGCGAGAACCUGCGGCUCCACCUGCGCUUCCCGGUGGUGGACGGCCGGGCGGCCAACGACCCGCAGAAGGUUCCCUGGUGGCAGAAGAACGUGCGCAGGGACUUCCUGGCCCUGGAGUUCCGGGCCCUGGUGGUCAGCUCGCGGACCCAAAUCAGCAUCCUGGCCGACGAGCUGGACGCCUUCUACUGCGACGCGGACAAGCAGAGCGCGGUGCGCCUGGCGAAGUGCCAGCAGAGCCAGAACCAGAAGAAGAUCCAGAUCGACAUACUCCAGCUGCAGGACGGCCAGUCAGCUGGCGACAGCCAGAAGAAGCCUGCCAGGAAGUCGCCCUUCAGCUCGAAGUGCACCUUUGGAUACACGUCCCACGUGGAGGGACUCGAUGGCGGCGGGGACAAGACGGACUCCCUCCUGCCGGGAGACACGGAGGAGAUCAACGAGUUCUGCGACAGCUGCACCCAGUCCUCCAAGCUGAAGGUCUUCGCCUUCAUCCCGCAUGUCAAGGUUGUGCUGGAGUCCAAGUCCAUGUACGAGCUGAUCUACAACCGCCUGAACGGAGACCUCUUCAUGUGGGAACCGCGCUCGCCGCACUACGAAUCCCCGCGGGAGGAGGAAAGUGCUGGAUCGAGGGGCCUUUCUAUGGAUGCGGAGCCGCAGCUGGAGGAGUUCCGGCGGAACCUGCUGCUCAGCACCAGCGCCAUGGAGAGCAGCAUCUACUUCUCGAUGGCGGAACCACCUGCUUCCACUUCCGCUGCACCGCCGCCGCCUGUGCGGAACGAGGCCUUCUCCUUCGAGAUGUUCGUGGAGCAGGGAUCGCUGGUUUUGUUCUCGCACCUCCUCGAUCCGGAGAGUAAUCAGCGGACCAGCGAGUGCGGCAAGUUCCAGGUGAAUCUCAAGGAGCUGCGGCUGUUCACGGUGAACGGGCUGGACAACGACGCGACCAGGAGCUUCUUCUGCAUCCAGCUGGGCGAGAUCGAGGCCCUCCACUGCGGCAGCACGCAGCAGGACCUGGUGCUGGCCUGGAGCGACCUGCCGGACGAGAGCCUGCUGCCCACGAUCUACAACCUGGCCGCCGUUCACCAGCAGAGGGAGAGGAAGAGAGCGGAGGUCCUCUCCCUGGUGGCCGAGAUCAAGAAGCAGCCGGAGCAGCGCAUCAAGCGGAUCAAGAUGUCGUUCGGCAUCAGCGGGGCCGUGCUGGAGCACCACUCCUGCCACUCGGAGCACAGCUGGCUCACCCAGCUGAUCGACUUCAUGGACGUGGCCGACUUCCCCAUCGAGGCCUACGAACCCUUCGCCCUGGUCUCCGAGCUGCAGCUGCACGUGUGGAACGCGGGGAUCGACUACCGGCCGAGGUUCUUCCCGCAGCGCGCCUUCCUGGACCUGGGCUACUGCACCCUGAGCAGCAACAUCAUCUCCUCGAUGAGCGGCUGCACACUGCGCCUCCUGGCCGAGGACUGCGUGCUCCAGCUGGGGCCACUUAAAGAACCAAACGACUCGCUGAUCCCCGUGCUCAACCUGGGCCUGCUGAACAUAUCCUUCCGGCUGGGAGCCGAGGGAAGCGGGCGGCCGAAGGUGGACCUGCGCGCCUCCAUCCACGACAUGCACCUGAAGACCUGCUUCGACUCGGCGGCCGCUCUCGCCCAGCUGAUAGCCUACGUGGCCAACGACAGGGACCUCUGCCCGCCGGAGGAACCCGUCCUUUUCCCCAACGAGGAGGCGCGGCCCGCGGAGCCGAAGGCCAGCGAGGAGCAGGAGGUGAGCGAGCACGCCCAGAACCACGUCAGCAAGCUGAUGGCCGACGCCGUCAUGGACGUGGAGUGCGCGCCCAGCCCCAAGACCAACAGGACUCCUGGUGGGCGGGAGGAGGGCAUCGAGAUCUUCUACUUUCCGGACGAGCCGAAGGAGCGGCGCAAGAACCUGGCCACUCCUGUUAAGCUGCAGAGCAAGUCGCUGAUGGUGGAGAGCCCCUCGGUCAUCGGCGACAUCCUGGACUUCGAGUCGAACGUGAUCCUGCAGUCCUACUACCACCAGAGCCAGAACCAGGAUCACCAGGUGCCCGCCUCGCUGGGAUCGCAGGUGCAGCAGGAGCUGGGUUCGCUGGGCAACGCCACGCUGGAGGAGCGCGACUUCGACUUCAUCCACGGCGAGGAGGUCUCCCGCAUGGACAAGUUCGGCGUGAAGCAGAUCUACGUCUCCGAGGAGCCGCUGCAGAUCGUCGACAACCACUUCGAGCUGCCCCACGAGAAGGUGGACCUGCUGCGACCUCCGGCCAACUUCCCGGUGGCCGAGAGCAGCUACACGCUCUGCGAGAUGACCUUCACCUGGCACCUCUACGGCGGCAGGGACUUCCCGCUGGACGAGCCGCCAAGGAGAUCCUCUCCCUCCGCUUCUUCCUCCGCUGGAGGAUUCGGCAUGUCGGACACCUACAAGUACGGAGUGUCGCAGCCGCUGGACAAGCUGGACAAGCAGGAAAGGAAGGGUCUGUCUAAGCAGCCGAAGGGUUCGCAGCGCAACCCGGAGGUGCUGGUGGAGAUCCAGCUCUCGAAGAUCCGCUUCUCGUACGAGUCCUACCCCCUGAGCUCCAUGUACUCCUCGCGCCAGGUGCUGCUCGUCUCGGAGAUCGAGGUGCGGGACCGGCUGCGCUCCUCGGACAUCAACAAGUUCCUGUACCACCCGACGGGCCACAGCCUCGUCCACAAGCCGGACGAGAACAUGGUGAUCGUGAAGGCGCUCAACGUGCGCCCCAAUCCGCAGAAGAGCUCCGCGGAGGAGUGCUCCCUGCGGGUCUCCAUCCUGCCCAUCAAGCUCAACAUCGACCAGGACACCCUGCUCUUCCUGGAGGACUUCUUCUCCGGGAUGUUCCGCAACUCCGGAGGCACUUCCGCCGGCGGAGGCGCUCCCAAGGCGGAGGGCAGCGGCUCCUCCUCCGCUCCGGCGGACAUGCCGGUGAUGUCGGUGAGCAAGCUGCCCGAGGAGCUGGCUGACGAGCUGGCCGACGAGCUGCCCGACUCCGAGGUGAAGGAGAUGGUCGAGCGCAACCUGAACGUCCUCAUCGAGGAGAACAGCUCGGAGGCGGACCUCGAGGAGGAUCCGGCCACCGCCCCGCCCGUCUUCUUCCGCGAGGUGAUCUUCAGCCCGGCGCUGCCCAUCUGCUUCGACUACCACGGACGGAGGAUCGAGCUCUCGCGCGGACCCGUCACCGGACUCAUCAUGGGCCUCGCCCAGCUGCAGGGAUCCGGGAUCAGCCUGCGGGAGAUCGUCAACCGGAGGGGCAUCCUCGGCUGGAACAAGCUGUGCGAGUUCCUGGCCAAGGAGUGGCUCAAGGACAUCAAGCGCAACCAGCUGCCCAACAUCCUGAGUGGAAUUGGACCCGCCAACGCGGUGCUGCAGCUUUUCCAGGGCGUCUACGACCUCUUCCGGCUGCCCAUCGAGCAGUACAACAAGGACGGCCGCAUCAUCCGCGGCUUCCAGCUGGGCGCGCAGAGCUUUACGGCCCGCACGGCGCUGGCCGCCCUGGAGAUCACCUCCCGGAUCAUCCACCUGCUGCAGUUCACGGCGGAGACCACCUUCGACAUGCUCUCCGCGGGUCCUUCGCUCAAGAAGCGCAAGGGCGGCCGGCAGGGCCGGAGGCGCCGCCAGGGCCGCCCCAAGGAUCUGCGCGAGGGCGUGGCCAACGCCUACUCCAUAGUGAGGGAUGGGAUCAACGAGUCGGCGAGCACGCUCAUCGAGGCGGCGAUCACGGAGCACGACCAGAAGGGCUACAGCGGGGCGGUGGGAGCGGUGGUGCGCCAGAUCCCGCAGCUGGUCGUCUGCCCGGCGGUGCUGGCCACCCAGGCCACCACCAACAUCCUGGGCGGCGCCAAGAGCUCGCUCGUUCCGGAGGCGAAGCUGGAGGCGCGCGACAAGUGGAAGCAGGAGAUCCACUAGGCAAUCCCGUGGGGGAAUCCCCUAUGGCGCGGUUAGGUUAACGGUAUAUUUAGUUCGCGGGGCUUACAGCAUAACGUAGUGUUUUCUAUUGUUCUACUAAUAAUAAACAUCGCAUGUACAUAAAAGGAGAACAAGGAUCGGAAGAGGAGGGAUCGGGAUCCCGAUCGGAGACUCCUGGUUGGGUGUGAUUGAACUUUUCCUUUUUAGCCAUACUACAGUACAGCAAAGUUACAUAUAUUUUUGUAUUAUUUUACCCAAAUAAAAGUGUAUAUAAAAAUGA